AUGGUUCUUGAAGAAGAACAGCAAGUUUUAGGUAUUCAUCUAGGCGAGCACGAAGCACCUGGAAUUCUAGAGGAUAACUGGUUGAUAAUGGGUAACUCCAGCAGAGAUCCGCGGCACCAGACUGAACUGGUCGAUUCGUAUUUUGAGGUGAUGUUGCGGGAGAAUUGGGAAGAAGACUCGUUUUCUGGGGGACUAGCAGGAAUUGGAGCCAGAGAGGAUCUGGCCAACGCAAUGUACAUUUUUGGUGACGACGUCAUUGAAAGUUUGAUCAGGCUUGAAGAUGUUUCCGAUGAAAACAUUACCCCACCGGAUCACCAUGGGGAAGGCAAUAGUGCGGAAGGCCAGGCGGUCAAGCAAGACACUGGUCAAGACGGCCAUCAAGACGGCCAGGAAGACCCCCACCAAGAUGACCCCCACCAAGAUCUCGACUACAGGCAUGCGAACUGCUCCGAUGUUGUUGAUAUUUCGAGCAAAAAAAACCCGCAAAGAGUGGUUCGUAUAAUCACUCCAACAACUGCUACAUUUCCGGAAAUGGACUCUCUCGCUUACGACCCCAUCUUCAGACCGGAGCUUCCCAUGUUCAAAGUCACCAUCAAGGAAGAUAUGAGUUGUUUGAAAGGGGACCAUCUCGAGAAGAUGAGAACACUUAGAGAGGUUCAACGCAUUAUCGGUAGGAACGGCCGUGAAUUUUUGACGGAGAUAAGACUGACGUUUGCGGAUCAGUACGCUUCAUUCUUUGAGCAUGUUUCUCUGCAAGAUCUCUGCCAGCCAGAGGUAUACUCAAACAAUCCAAACCCGCACAUCACCAAGUUCAUCGAUGCAUUUUACGGGAAAAUAUUUGGCUGCAGUCCGGAUGUCUAUUUCAAGCCCAUUGAUUCAUAUCCACCAGAAAAAAACGCGUUUUUGAUCAGAAGAAUGGUGCUUUUCCUUCCGCUGGAGGACCACAGGCAUCACGUUUGCGGCCUGGAGUGUGUGCAGCAGACUGAAAGUGCAAAGAUUUUGAUCAGAAAAGACGAUAAUCCUCCGCAGCCAUAUGUGAUCAAUGUUUUUCCACCAUUGUUGUAUUUCCAAGUUCCCAACCACAUCACGCUCCCAGAUUCAUUGCGAGACGAAUCCUACCUGUAUCUACCGUACGUGCCACCAAGUCGCGAGGUUACUGCUUAUACUCCAAAAGUCGUGAGAAGAAGUUGCAAUCAGGACUUGGCUUCUCGUAUAGGCAACGAGGCACUCUGUCCAAUUUGCACAAAACCAGGCUACUACUCCAUGAACGGAUCCAACUACUUUCACCACAUGAAGACCCAGCACGGUAUCUUCAGCAAGGGAGAAAUCAUGCUGCAGCCUCUUUAUUACGGGAAACACCCUUCAAGAAAGACAAAGCGUUCUGGGUUCGAUGAGUCCAGAAAUAUGGGAAUAUGUCCUCUUUGCUUUCUGGAGUUCCCCAAUAACCCUAUGUCUUAUCUCUUCGAAAUCAAUCCAUGGGCCGGAAAGGGCAAUAAUCCUUAUCUGAACUAUCUGAGGCAUUGCGAAAAAAAGCACCAGAUGAAGAUCCGUCGGGCUUCACGGCGUUGA